AUGGGGAGCAAAAGUCACAACUUGCCGAUCCUAACACCCAGAUCGCACGCGGCGGCUGAUGUGGAGGAAGGCGCGCAGCAGGCGGAUCUCCGCUCCCCCCUCCUCUCCGUCGGCGGAAGCGCGGGCCCGAAAGAGCGCCACCACCACCACAGCGGCAGCAUAGGCGGCGGCGCGGGCCCUUCCCCCGGCGGCGGGGGAAGCUCCGCGUCGGAGGGGAAGCUCUCGAGCUUCUUCCGCGCGGACUCGGCGUCUGAGCGCAAGCGCGACGACAACUGGGCGGUGGGCGCGAGCAGCGGCGGGCGGCGGUCGCGGCGGUUUCAGGUGGCGGGGAGCGCGCUGGUGUCGGGCAUGUGCUACUGCGCGUCGUCGUGCUCCAUGAUCCUUCUCAACAAAGUCGUGCUGUCUGGUUACCACUGGGACGCGCAGAUUUCGCUCAUGCUCUACCAGAACCUGGUGAGCGUGACGGUGGUGCUGGUGCUCGUGUACAUGGGCGUCAUUGCCACGGAGCCCCUCACGCUGCGACUCAUGACCGUGUGGUUACCAGUCAACCUCAUCUUCGUUGGCAUGCUCGUCACCUCCUUCUUCAGUCUGCAGUACAUGCAGGUGGCGAUGGUAACAAUCCUCAAGAACGUGACGAACCUGAUAACAGCGGUGGGCGAGAUGUACCUCUUCCGCAAGCGCCACUCCUCCAAAGUCUGGGGCUCACUCUUCCUCAUGAUCCUAUCGGCCUUCUGUGGCGGAUUCACAGACCUGGCCUUCCAUCCAGUGGGCUACACGUGGCAGAUCUUCAACUGCUUCUUCACCGCCGCGUACUCGCUAACGCUGCGCAAGGUGAUGGACAGUGCCAAGGCGGCCACCAAGAGCGGGCAGCUCUCAGAGUUCACGAUGGUGCUGCUCAACAACGCGCUCUCCUUCCCUCCCGCCAUCCUCCUCAUCAUCGCCUUCAGCGAAACCAAAUACCUCCUCCACUCUCCGUUGAUGCUGAACGGGGGGUUCUGGGUGGCGGUGACGCUGAGCGGGCUGCUGGGACUGGCCAUCUCCUUCACUUCCAUGUGGUUCCUGCACCAGACCUCGCCCACCACCUACAGUCUGGUGGGGUCGCUGAACAAGAUCCCGCUCUCUCUCUUCGGCAUCAUUCUCUUCAACGCCCCCACCAACGCUGCCAACAUCUCCUCCAUCCUCUUCGGGUGUUUUGCAGGAGUGCUGUUCGCACGGGCAAAGAUGCUUGGCUGA